GUCUUCUGGUUUGGUAAAUUCUUCUCUCCAGAGUUGUUACUACAUAUUACGGGGUCGCUUGACCCCAUUCACAUCCGGAGCAUACCGAUUCUGUGAAGAUGGCUACCAAGGUCAAAGGCUUCUUUAAAGGCCUCAAAAACAUCUCAGAUAUUUUCGAUGAAGAAGAGGAACCAGAAAUACAGAUCGGUAUGCCCACGGAUGUGAAGCAUGUUGCUCAUAUCGGUGCUGAUGGACCUGCCACUGAAUCUCCCAGCUGGAUGAAGGAUUUUAACGGAGGACGAAGUCAAUCAGGACCAAUGGAGAGCUCUGGUAACAAAGAAGGUAUAAAAAACCAUAGGAGCACUCGAAGUGAAAUAUUCACAAGAGACGUUCCAGAUGUGUCCAAAACAUCUAGACAUCGUCGUCGUCGCUCAAUGGACAAUUCUUCAGAUUCUUCUGAUUCCCAGUCAUCAACCAAAUCGAAUCCUAGGAGACACAGGAUCCGAAGGUCCCGCGAGAAAGGGAACUUGCCAGACAUCCCCAAGAGAUCAAGGCGAAAGAAAUCAAAGGACGAUGAUGGGUCAACAAGAUCAAAAGAUAGUGAAUCUUUGAGCCGUGAACCCCAUUUUGAUCUUUAAACCAGAACUAGGGUGGAUCAUCUUACAACAAAAUUCCACAACUUAGCUUGGAAAUUAGGACACUUUGGGCUUUGGAUCUUCACCAAUUUGUAAAAUCCUCCCUUUUCCAAUCUAAUUAUGCACUUCUAGUUUCAUGUGAGAAUUGGGGUCGAAUUUUAUUGUAAGAUGAAUCCAUAAGUAAAUGAUGGUUUAUUCGGUUUAAAA